GAUCGUGGAGCCAGUGCGGGGCAGGAACUGCCAGCACCUGCAGUGCUUCAGCCUCGAGGCGUACCUGACCAGCAACCGGCAGAUGAGGGCGUUCAACAACCGCUGGGCUUGCCCGUCGGUUCCAGACGGCGUCGAGGAGGCCGUGCUCUCGCCAGACGGCAAGUUCACUUAUCGUGAGAGGCUUACGCCGUUCUGA